CAACCAUUUAGAAGAUCGAGCUCACCUACCAGAUUUCUGAUAUCACUGCUCUCAGCUAGACGGGUAUAGGGAAGAGCGAAAUUCUGUCAUGUCCGUCGUAUUCUGAUCAUUCAUCAUAGUUCAUAUCCCUAUCAAUGUUCUCAUUAUUUGGCGUCAUUUGUUGUGUAAUCAUCGUGCUUUCAACUUAUCGUACGAACGAUUGAACAGUUGCAACUUCGUUGUCUAUACGAGGGUAACGGUACCGGUGCCGGUAUAAUCAGUGGUCUUUUGCAGGGAGAUAGAUAAGAGAUAGACGCCGUGUGUAGCUGUUGUACCACAAGCCAUAAGAACCCUUGCUUCGUGUUCGUUCACUGCCAUAUUUCGCCACGACCUCGUUCUGUACCGCAGUACAGCUUUCGCGAUAAACCAAAUUACCUCUUCCUCAGGACGCACAUCAAGAUCUCCCAAUGGCAACCAUCGAAGCCCAGGACCUCAGAGAAAGAAUCGGGCGCUUUCGAGUUCUGAUCAUGGGGAGAGCAAACGCAGGCAAAACGACCAUCCUUCAGAAGGUCUGCAACACCACGGAUCAACCAGAAAUUUAUGAUACGAAAGGAAACAAGAUCGAUACUACCAUCGUGAAUUCCUCGAUCAAGCGUGGAAAUCACGACAUCACGAAUGAGAUGGUAUUCAAAAGUAGUCCCGAUUUUGUCUUUCAUGACUCUCGCGGUUUCGAAGCGGGGUCUGAAGAAGAGUUUGAAAGCAUGAAGAAAUUUAUAUCAGAACGCGCACAUGCGACGAAAUUAGAGGACCGAAUUCACGCUAUAUGGUAUUGUAUUCCGAUGGACGACCAUUGGCGAACAUUCCAGCGGUCAGAAGAGAAGUUUUUCCAGGAGUGCGAAACCGGGCACGUUCCUGUUAUCGCGGUGUUCACCAAGUUCGAAGCUCUGCGUCCAGUCGCGUAUGGUGAAAUCAAGAAGCAACUACAAGGGGUGUCGGGCGAAGAGCGCUCAAAGAGGAUUGCCGAACGUGUUGAGGAACUGUUCGCCAAGACAGGUGUCUUGGAUCGGUUAUACAACCCUGAAAACCGUGCGCGUCCCAAGUCCCAUGUACGCUUGCAGAAUAUGAACAAAACGAAUACAAACUGCGACACUCUACUGGAAAGCACCACUCUCGCACUGGAUAAUGAAGAAUUGCGGCUGUGCUUGUUUUCGACACAAAAAUCGAACAUGGAGCUUUGCAUCAAGUGCGCCAUCGCAACAACCGUUGAUCGCGCACACAAGCAAAUCGAUGAUAAAAGUUGUCAGUAUAGCAUUGCUAAGUGGUUUCCACAUCUCAAAGUAAGGACGUAAGUGCCUUGAUGGUUUGUAGUCCUCGACCCAUGCUCAUGAUCCCCAUCCCUCGCUGCUGCUCGCCUGUUGACAGCGGGUAAGUGCCUUGAUGGUUUGUAGUCCUCGACCCAUGCUCAUGAUCCCCAUCCCUCGCUGCUGCUCGCCUGUUGACAGUGGGUAAGUGCCUUGAUGGUUUGUAGUCCUCGACCCAUGCUCAUGAUCCCCAUC